AAACCGGAAGGAGUCCUGGGAACUUCCAGCGCUCAGCGGCCUUGUGAUUUCUUCAGUGAUGUCGUGGGUUCGAGCAGCUCCUUCGGUCUUGGGCAGUGGAAGGGAGGGGGAAGUGUUUGACGAGGAAGCGGACGAGUUGCUCCUGAUGCAGCGGGAAUGGCAGAGCCACAUGCAGAGACGGGUCAAAGAAGGCUAUAGAGAUGGACUAGAGGCUGGCAAAGCAGUUACUCUUCAACAAGGCUUCAAUCAAGGUUAUAAAGAAGGUGCCGAUGUCAUUAUAAACUAUGGACAACUCAGAGGAACUUUGAGUGCUUUGCUCUCCUGGUGUCACCUUCACAAUAAUAGUUCAGCUUUGAUCAGUAAAAUAAAUAAUCUUCUGGAUGCAGUUGACCAGUGCGAAGAGUAUGUGCUCAAACAUCUGAAAUCAAUCACCCCUCAGUCCCAUGCUGUAGAUUUAUUGGACUCUAUUCAGAAUAUGGACCUUUGUCAUGUAGUUCCAGCUGAGAAAAAGAUUGAUGAAGCUAAAGAUGAAAGACUCUGUGAAAAUAAUGCUGAGUUUAACAAAAACUGUAGCAAGAGUCCUGGUGGGGUAGAUUGUUCAUCUUUAGAAUGUUGUGGAACACAAAAGCAUGCACAUUCUGUAAACCCAACCCUCACUUGGAUUUUAGAACAGACAGAAAGUUUAGUAAAACAGCUGGGAGUAUCAGUAGAUGUAUUACAACACCUCAAACAACUUUGAAAAUUAUCUUCUUUUCUAAUGAAAAUAAUGUUCAGAACAUUCCUUAGAACAUAUCGUCUGUUAACAAGUUUACCAAAGUUCAUACUGGUUUCUACAUUGAACAUUUCACUAUCCUUCAUGGAAGUUUGAAACAUCUUCAGAAUUAACACGAUUAAAUGUAAUAUAAACCUUUUUUCUCUGUCACUGGUAAUUUUUAUGUAGUUUAAGAUAGCCUCAGGAAUUCCAUUUCUCAUUGUCAUUUUCAAAUUUGUGAUUAAAACCAAGCAUUUUCAGACUCAUUAUCAAAAAUGAAUCAAACAUUUUAUGAGGACCUAGUCCUACUGUCCUGUCACCAUCAGUUGGUUAGGACCUCAUCUCCAACUAAUCAGACCAAAGUUACCAAAAAUAAUAGCUAACGUUGUAAAUAGAUAUAUAUACAUAGAUAUAAUGGCUAUGUUAAUAUUGAAAUUAAAAGACCAUAAGUGUAAGA